CCUGCUUUGGACCUCCAUCCUCGACUUGACUCGAAAUGGACCCCAACUGCUCCUGCUCCACCAGUGGCUCCUGCACAUGUGCCGGCUCCUGCAAAUGGAAGGAGUGCAAAUGCACCUCCUGCAAGAAGAGCUGCUGCUCCUGCUGUCCCGCGGGCUGUGCCAAGUGUGCCCAGGGCUGCAUCUGCAAAAGCGCAUUGGACAAGUGCAGUUGCUGUGCCUGAUGUGGGGGAGCCUGUGC